AUGCAGGUGAAAAAUGCGAUGUGCGUUGAAGGAGAUACACCAGACAUUGAAGCAGAAGACUAUGAGAAAAAGACGUCAUGCUUCUCCAGCAUCAAAAUCUUUCUCGUAUCGGAAUGUGCUCUUUUGUUGGCUCAGGGGACUGUCGGAGCUUAUUUGGUCAGCGUUCUCACCACACUGGAGCGACGCUUCAACCUGCAGAGCGCUGAUGUGGGUGUGAUCGCUAGCAGUUUUGAGAUUGGGAAUCUUGCCCUAAUCUUAUUUGUCAGCUACUUUGGGGCGAAGGCCCAUCGGCCACGCCUGAUUGGCUGUGGAGGGAUUGUGAUGGGGCUCGGGGCGUUACUGUCUGCGCUCCCCGAGUUUCUGACCCAUCAGUAUGAAUAUGGUGAGUUUGGGGAGUCACGGCCUGUCGGAGAAGGGAGGGACGUUUGUGCCAAUGUCACUAGAUCAGGGGGCUCAGACUCAGGCUACAUCUGUGGGGACAGAACUAAUACCAACAUGAUGUACCUGCUGUUGAUCGGAGCCCAGAUGCUGCUGGGUAUUGGUGCCACGCCUGUCCAGCCACUGGGAGUAUCCUAUAUUGAUGAUCAUGUUAGAAGAGAAGACUCUUCUCUUUACAUUGGUAUUUUGUUCUCUACGCUAGUAUUUGGACCAGCAUGUGGGUUUAUCCUGGGCUCACUGUGCACUAAAGUCUAUGUGGAUGCCGUUUUCAUUGACACAACUAAGCUGGACAUCACCCCCGACGACCCGCGCUGGAUCGGUGCCUGGUGGGGUGGCUUCAUCCUGUGUGGCCUUUUCCUCUUCCUCUCCUCGCUUUUCAUGUUUGGAUUCCCGCAGUCUCUGGAUGCGCCAGGGGAGCCUGCAGGGGGCGAGAGUGAGCAGGCUAUGCUGCCUUCAGAGCUGGUCCAAGAGUAUGAAGGGGGCAAAAGCCCUAGCAGCAUGGAGCUGAACACAGGGCUCACCUGCUGCCAACACCUGCAGGUGAUCCCUAAAGUGACUAAGCACCUUUUAUCCAACCCUGUUUUCACCUGCGUGAUCCUGGCUGCAUGCAUGGAGAUAGCUGUGGUCGCAGGAUUUGCUGCAUUUCUGGGCAAAUAUCUGGAGCAGCAGUUCAACCUCACCACAUCUUCAGCCAAUCAGCUUUUAGGUAUGACGGCAAUCCCCUGUGCGUGUCUGGGCAUUUUUCUUGGUGGUCUGCUUGUGAAGAAGCUUGAUCUAUCUGCAUUAGGGGCAAUUCGUCUUGCCAUGUUAGUGAAUGUCAUCUCCACUGCCUGCUACGUUUCCUUCCUUUUCCUGGGCUGUGACACUGGGCCCGUUGCUGGGGUCACUGUCGCUUAUGGCAACGAAAGUCUGGGCACAUGGCAGGGUGCAGAAGCUGCCUGUAUAUCUGGCUGUAACUGUCACUCUACGUCUCUCAGCCCGGUCUGUGGCUCAAACGGAGUCACUUACCUCUCUGCCUGCCUCGCAGGCUGUACCAGAACCAAUCUGACAGGUUGUAAGUGCGUUGCCCGUGGUGAUGGGGCAGGCUCUGCGUUGCCAGGGAAAUGUCCAACCCCGGGCUGCCAGCAGGCCUUCCUCACUUUCCUGGCAGUUGUUUGUGUGUGCAGCAUGAUUGGAGCCAUGGCACAAACACCCUCUGUCAUCGUCCUAAUCAGAACUGUAAGCCCAGAGCUGAAGUCUUACGCCCUUGGAGUUUUGUUCCUGUUGCUCCGGCUACUAGGGUUUAUUCCACCCCCCCUGAUCUUUGGCAUGGGGAUUGACUCCACUUGCCUGCUGUGGAGUUCAGUGUGUGGGAUGAAAGGCGCGUGCGUGUUAUACGACAACGUGUCCUACCGUUACCUGUAUGUCAGCAUAGCUAUUGUCCUUAAGUCCAGCGCCUUCCUCCUCUAUUUCGUCACCUGGCAGUGCCUCCGCAGGAACUACUCCAAGUACAUCAGAAACAGCGAGGGCUACCUGACCCCCAGCCAGAUCUUUGCCUCUAAUGUCACAUUGGACAACUUAGGCAAGGAAAUCGCACAGAACCCAGUGAACAGAACCAAGUUCCUCUACAACUUGGAAGAACAUACCUGGAGUGAGAACAUGGAAUCGGCCAUAUAG